AUGUCCGUGUCGAUGUCGUGGGGUGUUAGUGCCCUCGCACGUAUGCGUGGCGCAUUGCGCGUGCCACACGUAGGUGCUAGACGCUUGCAUAUCACACCUGUCACAGAAAGCAAAAAUCGUGGGCGCGCACGAAAGAGCCCCAAGACGCUGCUGCGUCUUUACGCUGAGGGAAAGCUGAAAGGUUCUGAAGCCGUCAAGGCGGCUGCAUUGCUAGAAGCGCAGAAUGCAGAGCAGGCUGGUACAGUGAAAGAAACUGCAGCCGAAGAAGAAGUAAGCGAUACCCUGUCGCUGUCGGAUGCGCGUCAUGUCAUUCGGUCAGUGGAAGCUGCACGGCCACGCAAUGCGUAUGAGCUUCAUGUUGUAACCAGUGUUCCUCCUAACCAGACGAACGCCUUCCGUGGCCGCAUCUCGUUCCCGAAGGAUCCAAGGAUCAAGGGCGAAACAGUGCUCGUGUUUGCUGAGCAAGGAUCUGAAACUGCUGAUGCGGCGCAACAAGCAGCAGCACAACUUGAGGCGAGUGGCUCUUCCAUGCGCCUAGUAAUUGGCGGUAAUGAUAUGAUUGCUGACACCGUGGCUGGACGUGUGCCGUCAUUCUCGCGUGUUCUUUGUACAUCAGGACUCUUGCCCAGCAUGAGUCGCUCGCUCGCUCGCGCUCUCGGUCCAAAGGGUCUUAUGCCCAGUGCCAAGCGUGGGACAGUCGUGGAUGAUGCAGAAGGGAUGCAGCAAGCUAUCGAACAGCUUGUCACCGGCGUCGACUGGCGUGGUGAUCGUGUCGGAGUUGUGCGAGCCGCUGUUGGACGCAUCUCAUUUUCUGAUGCCGAGCUGCGUGCAAACGUCCAAGCAUUUCUUGAUGCGAUUAUUACAAAGGCAGCAAGUGGCUUGGCAGGUACAAAAGUGAGUGCGAAUGUAGUUGCUAGCUAUUUGCGGGACACAUCAAGCAAAGAUGCUCAAGGAAAUAUGAUCCAGCGUCGCAGUCCUGGCUCUAUGAAAAAGGCACUUUCGAUUGUGCAACAAGUCCAUCUCAGCUCUACUCAAGGACCUGGAAUCCGCCUCCGGCUCGAUGAUGUGUUGUAG